UGUGCCUUGAAAGUUUACUUUUCUUAUCGACAACUCGAGAGUCUUCCAUUUCUACUUCAACGUUGUGAUGUCUCACAGAAAGUUCAGUGCGCCACGUCAUGGGUCGAUGGGAUUCUAUCCCAAGAAGAGGUCCCAGAGACAUCGUGGUAAAGUAAAGGCUUUUCCAAAAGAUGAUCCCUCUAAACCAGUUCAUUUAACUGCUUUUAUUGGUUACAAAGCAGGUAUGACCCACGUUGUACGGGAAGCUGAUAGACCAGGAUCUAAAAUAAAUAAGAAGGAAAUUGUGGAAGCAGUUACAAUUUUAGAAACUCCCCCGAUGGUUAUUGUUGGUGUUGUAGGUUACAUUGAAACACCACAUGGUCUUCGGGCUCUAGCUACAGUUUGGGCUGAACAUCUUUCUGAAGAUUGUAGGAGACGUUUCUACAAGAACUGGUACAAAAGCAAGAAGAAGGCUUUUACCAAAGCUUCCAAGAAAUGGACUGAUGAUUUAGGUAAAAAGUCCAUUGAGAAGGACUUCAAGAAAAUUAUCAAGUAUUGCAAAGUUGUUCGAGUAAUUGCCCACACUCAGAUGAAAUUGCUGAAACAGCGUCAGAAAAAGGCGCAUAUUAUGGAAAUUCAAUUGAACGGAGGUACUGUGGCUGAUAAAGUAGCGUGGGCACGAGAACACCUCGAAAAACCUAUUCCUGUUGCUAAUGUAUUUGCUAAAGAUGAGAUGAUUGAUUGUAUUGGUGUCACCAAAGGUCAUGGAUACAAAGGCGUUACUUCUCGUUGGCACACCAAGAAAUUGCCGCGUAAAACCCACAAAGGUUUGCGUAAAGUAGCUUGUAUUGGAGCAUGGCAUCCUUCAAGAGUUUCGUUCACUGUAGCCCGUGCUGGUCAAAAGGGUUACCAUCACAGAACUGAAAUGAACAAAAAAAUUUACAGAAUUGGUGCUGGAAUUCACACCAAAGAUGGAAAGGUUAUCAAGAAUAAUGCUGCAACUGAAUACGAUCUUAGUGAAAAAACUAUUACACCAAUGGGUGGUUUUCCCCACUAUGGUGAAGUUAACAACGAUUUUGUCAUGAUCAAGGGUUGUUGCAUUGGACCAAAGAAGCGUGUUAUUACUUUGAGAAAGUCUUUGUUGGUUCAUACUAAGCGGGUGGCUUUGGAGAAGAUAAAUCUUAAAUUCAUUGAUACAUCAUCCAAAUUUGGUCAUGGUAGAUUCCAGACUGCCGCUGAUAAGUCCGCCUUCAUGGGCCCUCUCAAGAAAGAUAGGCUUAAAGAAGAAGAAAAGGUUGCUGCACCAGCUGCGGCUGCCGCGUCUAGUUAAUUUAUCAAUUCAAUGUUUUAUAUUGUUUUGACAAUAAACUGAGUUAUUGAAAA